CAGCCCACAGGCAGAAUCUUUACCAUGCCCUCUUCCUGGUUUCUCCUCCCGGGCAUCACUGCCUGCACUUGCCUUCCUCCUCUACCUUUCCUGUGCUGCCCCUCGGGACUCCUCAUUCUGCACCGCGAUUGCCCCAUUCUCCUUGUUGGGAAACUGGAGGCUGUAGCAACACUGGAAGGGAGUAGCUGCCUCUGAGUGGCCCCAGGCCCUGGGCAGCUGGCCAAGCUGGUUGCUAUAAAAGGGAGCUGACACUGAGCCCGGCAUGUCCUUUGGCAACUCUGUUUUGGGGAGACCUGGUGGGGCAAAUCCUUGGACACCAUGCUGACGGAUCUGGAGAGUGCCAUUAACUCCCUGAUUGAAGUGUACCACAACUACUCCCUGCUGAAAGGGAAUUACCACGCCGUCUACAGGGAUGACUUGAAGAGACUGUUAGAGACAGAGUGUCCUAAGUUUUUGAAGAAAAAGGAUGCAGACACUUGGUUCAAAGAGUUGGACAUCAAUCAGGAUGGUGGAAUUAACUUCGAGGAGUUCCUCGUGCUGGUGAUAAAGGUGGGCCUGGCAGCCCAUGAAGACAUUCACAAAGAAUAGCAGAGCUAUCAGGCCUGGGGCUAGGUCCCUGGACUCCUCCCGCAGAGUAAUAAACUAGUUCAUACCUCA